GGGCUCCUUUCUUUAAAGGUCCAGAGCUUUGCACUUACUACGAUGGUGCAAGCCCAGCGGGGAUCGAUUGCUCAGACACCACCAAUCCUGGCCAUGAAGCUUUGUGCUACUGCAAGACCUCGCUGAUCCAGAUCGAGGAAGACGAGCACGUUGCUGACGAUAGCUCGAGCGAAGAAGACGACUUCCGCUUCCCCCCCCCCGAAGGAUUUCAACUUGUGCCAGUCUCUGCUGACAGCUCGCAGAUGGAUGCCGCGCCCUUCUCCAAGAUCGUCCGCUUUGAAGCCAGCUGCGCCAACCCAACGGCAUGCUAUGACAUUUACCGGUUUGGGGGAUGUGUUGCGCCCGGUGCACUUGGUGCAGCCACAGACCGGGUGUACUGGGGAGUAGUGACCCCGGACCGUGAUCGCCCAACCGUUCGUUGGAGGGAGCAGGAUCCUUCACCAGUUCCUUUAGCAGGACACAGCGUGGUGGUGGCUGACCCCACCUAUGCAAUUGUUCUUGGUGGCCAGAGCUCCUGUUCUGAAGAUGCUACCUACCUGGACUUGACAUUUUUGUGGAGGAGGGCAGACGCAGGAUGGGUUAGCUUGCCUGCCAUCCCAGAGCCUUGCGGUCUGUCCUUUCACACGGCGAACUAUUUCAACGAUGCCGGCAACGUUGGGAUGGUGGUCUUGGGUGGUCGUCGUGGAACAUCUGGGAGCGCCUGCAGCGAUCCGACGGCUCCAAG